AAUCGAUGGCUUCUUUUCGAAAUUGUAUUUGAAGAUACGCUUCAACGUUCCACCUCUACAAAAAAUGUAGAAACAUUAUCUUCCAAGGAUGUUUAUUCCGCAAUAAAAGAUUCUAUAAAAACGAAUUUUGGUGAUUAUGGUGUCGGGUGUGUUGCAGCUUCGCUCAAUGUAAAAUAUUUUUCUCCAUUUACAAAUAUUGGUGUACUUAGAGUUUCAAGAGAUCAUUAUCAUAUUGCUUGGGGUGCAAUGACUUUUAUUUCACAAAUAAAGACGAAAAAUUGCCUUUUACGCGUUUUAUAUCUUGGAGCAACAAUUAAACAAUGUCAAUUAUCUGCUAUUGACUAUGAUAGAGACCAGAUUUUGCUGCUAAAAAGGCAAGCCGAAUUACAUGAUGAUGCAGAAUCAGUUGAUGUUGAUGAAUUACUUGAACAAUCAAAAAGUCAAAUUUUGGCCAUAGAAUAA